UCAGCGGCCCGGGCGGGGCCGCGCCAUCCCCCGCCCCGCUCCGCUCGCCCCGCCAAUGAGCGGCGUCCACAUGCCGCGGCGGCGAGUGGGGCCCCGGGCGGCCCAGCUCCCGUAAGUUACAUUAGAGGAGCCGCCGCCGGUGUGCGACCGGACCCAGAGAACCGAAGGGGGGGGGGGGUUGAACGAGCCCGCAGCCGUAACGGCGGCCUUGGGCUGUUGAGGGGAGGAUCGAGGCGGUGUGUGUGUGUGAGGGGGGCGUAGCGACCCUUCCCCGGCGGGAGGCAGCGGGGCGGCUGCGCCUUUUUGUGUCCCCCCCUCCCCCCCCCCGCCUCUCGGAGCCGUUAUCGCCGUCCGCGGGGGCGGCUCGGAGCUCGGGGAGGCGAAAGGCGAGGCGGCGAGGCCAGCCGGCCGCGCUCUGCCCCGCGCCCCUCAGGCCGCAGCGGCUCUCCUCAGCUAGGCUUCGGGGGUGCCCGAAGCCCCGCUCGGCUCCCUCAGAGGGCGUGUGGGGUGGGAGGGGGGGCGGGGGCUUUUUUUUUUUUUACAUCGGUUUUCCCCCCCCCUCCUUUUUUAAUUUUUUGGUUUUUUUUUUUUCUGCUUCCCCUCCUGCCUCCUUCGGAAAGAGCGAGGCGGUGAGGUGGGCUCGAGGGCUCCUGUGGUGCGGGAGGGGUCUAUGGUGAUAGCACGGGGGCGGUGGGGGACAGAGCCAGGCGCUGAGGGGGCUGAGGAGGGGGCUCGCCGCUGCGCCUGCCGCUGACGACGAGGAGGAGGAGGAAGAAGAAGAAGAAGCCAGGCACCAUUUGCUGCUCCUUGCCCCAGCCAUGGAGAACGCACACACAAAGACUGUGGAGGAAGUUUUGGCUUAUUUCGGUGUCAACGAAAGCACCGGGCUCAGCUUGGAGCAAGUCAAGAAGCUGAAGGAGAAAUGGGGCUCCAACGAAUUACCGGCUGAGGAAGGAAAAACCUUACUCGAGCUUGUGAUUGAACAAUUUGAAGACUUACUAGUUAGAAUUUUGUUGCUGGCAGCUUGCAUAUCUUUUGUCCUGGCCUGGUUUGAAGAAGGUGAAGAAACAAUCACAGCAUUUGUAGAGCCAUUUGUAAUCUUACUUAUAUUAGUAGCCAACGCAAUUGUGGGAGUGUGGCAGGAAAGAAAUGCUGAAAAUGCUAUUGAAGCUCUUAAAGAAUAUGAACCAGAAAUGGGUAAAGUAUAUCGACAAGACCGAAAGAGUGUUCAAAGGAUUAAAGCAAGGGACAUCGUCCCAGGUGAUAUUGUAGAAGUGGCAGUUGGAGACAAGGUUCCUGCUGAUAUAAGAAUUACGUCUAUCAAAUCUACAACUCUAAGGGUAGACCAGUCAAUUCUCACAGGUGAAUCUGUGUCUGUUAUUAAGCACACUGACCCUGUACCUGAUCCUCGUGCUGUAAACCAAGACAAAAAGAACAUGCUAUUUUCUGGUACUAACAUUGCUGCUGGUAAAGCUAUGGGAGUGGUUAUUGCAACAGGAGUAAACACUGAAAUUGGCAAAAUUCGUGAUGAGAUGGUGGCUACUGAACAAGAGAGAACCCCUCUCCAACAGAAGCUGGAUGAGUUUGGAGAGCAGCUGUCUAAAGUCAUCUCACUUAUCUGCAUCGCUGUUUGGAUAAUAAACAUUGGUCACUUUAAUGAUCCUGUUCACGGUGGCUCCUGGAUUCGAGGUGCUAUCUAUUACUUUAAAAUUGCCGUUGCUCUUGCUGUUGCUGCUAUUCCCGAGGGUCUGCCUGCUGUCAUUACCACCUGCUUGGCUCUUGGAACCCGCAGAAUGGCCAAGAAGAAUGCUAUUGUUAGAAGUCUUCCCUCCGUAGAAACCUUGGGGUGCACCUCAGUUAUUUGUUCUGACAAGACUGGUACCCUGACCACGAAUCAGAUGUCAGUCUGCAGGAUGUUUGUCCUGGACAGAGUCGAUGGAGAUAGCUGUUCUCUGAAUGAAUUUACUGUAACUGGUUCAACAUAUGCUCCCAUGGGAGAAGUGCAUAAAGAUGACAAACUUAUUAAAUGUAGCCAGUACGAUGGCCUUGUGGAACUUGCAACAAUCUGUGCGCUCUGCAAUGAUUCCUCUUUGGACUACAAUGAAGCUAAGGGAGUAUAUGAAAAAGUGGGUGAAGCUACGGAAACAGCACUUACCUGUCUGGUUGAAAAGAUGAAUGUAUUUGACACAGACUUGAAAGGACUUUCUCGAAUUGAACGUGCAAAUGCUUGCAACUCGGUGAUAAAACAACUUAUGAAGAAAGAAUUCACUCUGGAAUUCUCAAGAGACAGAAAAUCUAUGUCUGUCUAUUGUACACCAAACAAACCAAGCCGCACAUCCAUGAGUAAGAUGUUUGUUAAGGGCGCUCCUGAAGGUGUAAUUGACAGAUGCACGCAUGUCCGUGUUGGAAAUGCUAAAGUAGCACUGACCACAGGAAUUAAGCAGAAAAUAAUGUCUGUUAUUAGAGAGUGGGGAACUGGUAGAGACACAUUGCGUUGCUUGGCUCUGGCAACCCAUGACAAUCCACCUAGAAAAGAAGAAAUGAAUCUUGAGGACUCCUCAAACUUCAUUAACUAUGAGACCAAUUUGACCUUCGUUGGCUGCGUGGGUAUGCUGGAUCCCCCAAGAAUUGAAGUAGCUUCAUCUAUAAAGCUGUGUAAACAAGCUGGUAUUAGAGUUAUUAUGAUUACUGGUGACAAUAAAGGCACAGCAGUAGCUAUUUGCCGACGCAUUGGUAUCUUUGUGGAAGAUGAAGAUGUGUCUACAAAAGCCUUUACUGGCCGUGAAUUUGACGAGCUCUCACUUGCUGCCCAGAGAGAUGCUUGCCACCAUGCCCGUUGCUUUGCUCGUGUGGAGCCUUCCCACAAAUCUAAAAUUGUGGAGUUUCUUCAGUCUUUUGAUGAGAUUACAGCUAUGACUGGUGAUGGUGUCAAUGAUGCCCCUGCAUUGAAGAAAGCAGAAAUUGGAAUUGCUAUGGGUUCUGGUACUGCAGUGGCUAAAACUGCUUCUGAAAUGGUUUUAGCAGAUGAUAACUUCUCUACUAUCGUAGCUGCUGUGGAAGAAGGACGUGCAAUUUAUAACAACAUGAAGCAGUUCAUCCGUUACUUGAUCUCUUCCAAUGUUGGAGAAGUUGUUUGUAUCUUCUUGACUGCUGCCCUGGGUUUUCCUGAAGCUCUAAUUCCUGUCCAACUGUUAUGGGUAAACCUUGUGACGGAUGGUCUCCCUGCUACUGCUCUGGGCUUUAAUCCUCCUGAUCUUGAUAUCAUGAAUAAGCCACCCCGCAACCCUAAAGAGCCACUGAUCAGUGGAUGGCUAUUCUUCCGUUACCUAGCUAUUGGAUGUUAUGUUGGUGCUGCCACAGUGGGUGCUGCUGCUUGGUGGUUUAUUGCUGCUGAUGGUGGUCCAAGAGUUACCUUUUAUCAGCUGAGCCAUUUUCUGCAGUGCAAAGAGGACAACCCUGACUUCUCUGGUGUCGACUGUGUCGUGUUUGAGUCUCCGUAUCCAAUGACAAUGGCUCUUUCUGUACUUGUCACCAUAGAGAUGUGCAAUGCUCUCAACAGUCUGUCAGAAAACCAGUCCUUAAUGAGGAUGCCCCCGUGGGAGAAUAUCUGGCUGGUGGGCGCUAUUUGCUUGUCCAUGUCACUCCACUUCCUUAUCCUUUACGUGGAACCGCUGCCAAUUAUCUUCCAAAUCACACCUCUGAAUGUGACGCAAUGGCUGAUGGUAUUGAAAAUCUCACUACCUGUCAUUCUGCUGGAUGAAACACUUAAAUAUGUGGCCCGUAACUACCUGGAACCUGGUAAAGAUAGUGUGCGGCCUGCCACCAAACCGUGUUCUUUGUCAGCAUGCACCGAAGGAGUUUCCUGGCCAUUUGUGUUCAUUACUAUGCCCUUGGUUAUCUGGCUUUACAGCACAGACACUAACUUUAGUGAUAUGUUCUGGUCUUGACUGACAUGGUGACAGUUUUACAUUGAAAGAAAAAGUUUAACUUAAUCAAUUUUUUUAUUGUUUAGAGCAACUGUCUAUUUCUGCUGAAUUUUCACAUGAACAUAUUUGCCGGUGAUGGAGGUUUCAUACUCUAGAUUUUGGUUUUUUGCUUUUUUCUGACUUCAGUGGGGGCAAUAUAUUCCUCUUUUAUACACAGUUAAAGUGUCCAUUGACAUGUACAGAGAACUAACACUAUUUUAUGCAAUUUUUUUGUAGAUGAAAAGCAUGUACAGUGUUCUGUUCAAUAGUCAUCAUGUAAAAAAAAGUAAAUUUUUUUGAGCCAGCGGACACUAUCAAACUAAAUUGGCAGCAGAUUUUAGGGAAUGAAUGUGUGUUGUCUAAAACUAAAAAGAAAAAAAAAAGCAUGUAACUGUUUGUCUUCUGCAUGAUCAUCCAAACUUAAUUUGUCAUACAGUCAGGUUUUAUUUUUUUCAUAAGCUGAACUUUCUGCACUGGGUAGAGAGUACUGCUACCUUGGUCAGGAUUUCUUCUGUUUCCCCUCUUCCUGCUCCCUUGCUCUUGGUUCUUGACUGUCCUUGUUUACACCAGUUUCUGUAUGAGGUAUGCCUAAUCUUGCUCGUGCAGAAAAUACCAUUCCAGGUGCAGCCUGCUGGGGUUCUUCCAUAUUCUCAACACACAGUUUUUUUAAAGAUUAUUUAUUUAAGUCUCUAUUGUAUUUUUAUUGUAACAGACCUUAUUUUGCCAGUGUUGCCCAUGAUGCAGGGAUAGGGAGGUUUACUUCUGUCUACUUAAAUCUAAACCAAGCCUUUUUAACCAACACAGUCUGUUUUAAUCCCAAAAGAGGGUUUAAGUUGAGUUUUAAUACCUGAAUUACAUGUGUCAGAUCUUUUUUUCUUUCUUCCCCCCUUUAAGAUCAAAACUUGUAAUGAGACCUGGAAAAAUAACUUGCACUGCAUAGCUAGAAAUUGGAUUUCCUACACUUAGGGCACUAAUGCUAAGUUGUAUACAUGGAGUUACUCUGCUGGCCUGUUGUUAGCCUGACUUGAAGUAACAAGCUCGUGUGUGUGUUUUGUAAAAUCUGUAAAUAGCACAUGACCAAAUUGAACAUAUUGUAUAGAACUAUUUUUAUUUUAAUGUGGCACUAACCACCUUCAUUAUUACGGUAAAUGUUAAAGCAUGUUUUCAAAUUCAGUCCUGUAUCAACAACGUGUAAGUCAUUAACAGUCCUAACUGUGGUGUUUUUCUCCAAUGCCUUCCAACUUUCAUCGACUAAAGUGAGUAUUUCUCUUCCAUUUCACCAUGCCAGUGGUGACUUGCUGUAAAAUAGCAUAUGCUGUAUACAUGUUGAAGAAUAAAUAGUAAUUUCCUUCAUUCCCAUGCUGUGUUUUGUCAAAUUCUGCUGUGCUACAUUAUUAUCACCACUUUAGACUCUCGUUCUGUGGUGUGAAGCUCAAAUUACUGAUUCUGAAGGUAAAGCGCUUGCUUUUGUUUUAGUGCAUUUUAGAGCUUGUUUUAGAGCAGCCAGGAGCCUUAGCGUACCCCAAGAUCCUACAGCUUUUUUUUGUCUUAAGUUCGAGAUAAAAUUGGAUAAAUCUGUAACUUAAGACAAACGACAGGUGUUUAUAUGACUGUUCAGUGUGCAGAACACUAGUACUCGUGGUCAGGUGCUGGUUUACUCUGAGGCUUUUUCCUCCUCUGAAAUGGGGGAGGCCUCUCUGAGCACACCAGCCCUUCUCUAGGAAUAAUCCACACAGCGCUCAAUGUGCAGGUGCUUCUCUGCUCCUCUUUGCAAAAACAGCUUAUUGUUUUCAGUGAAUGGAAACACUUUGAACAGUGGUCAUACAAAAAGACAAAAGAACAGUCUUGGCUUCACAGGAUAGUCUUUUUUUUGUACUUGUACUAGGGUCAUAAUGCCUUUGUUGAGUAGCAGGUGCUGUUAUCUUGUGUUGGCUCGAAAUCUGCUUUAAUAACCAAAUUCAAACAGCUUUCUUACUCCUCGUAGCUUUUAACUACCAUUUUCCUCUCUGCUCUUUUAGUGCCAGCUGGAAUCCAGUGAGCACAGAUUAAUCCUUUUGGUUUCAAGCUUUCAGAUAUAUUCAGAUAUACGUGCCAACCUCAGAAUACAGACCCUAUUUGAAAGUCCACUGCAUUGCAAAUACUCACUGUUUAUGUAAAUGUUGAUAUCCUUUAACAGAUGCUGAAGUGACUCAGGUAGAGGGAGAUAGAUGUGAUGAUGUAAGAGGUGUUUUGUAGAACUGUAAGCAUUGAACUCACUUGAAUGCCCUCUAUGCAAGGAAGAACCUGUCUUUGCCAACCUGGAUGUUUUGCAUACCACAAAACCGAUGGCCAGCACCAGUCAGAUGCUGUCUGAAUACUAACUGAGCAUUUUAAGGCUUGAAACAGGAAACUUACAGGUCAUGUUAUUUAGCAUUCCUUGGGAUCAAAAUGUGUAUCCAAGUCCACUGUCACUUGUUGGAAACAAUGCUAGCAAACCUGCUCCCAGAAUUGUGGCUAGAUUUUUUCAAGGGGGCAGGGACAGCCACCGAAUCUUUGAGCAAUGGCUCUGUGUACACCUGUAGAGCACCCGUGUUGGUGGGCUUUUCUAAGCCACGUAUGUGGCAAUAUUUGUGAGCGAUUCUUCUUGUACAGUUCUUUUCCUGUCUAUUACACCAAAUAAUGCUGCUAUACAACACCUUUCUCCGCAUCUCUAAGACGCUGAAGGGGAAAAUGGAUAAAUUAAAAUUCAGUCUUUUGACACCUUCUGUUGAAUCUUUGUCUGGCACACUCAGUUGUGCAUGUUGAAGACAAAUCUUGCUGAGGGCUCACUCGUAUCAGUUAUCUCAGGGUCUCACUUGCAGUAGGAGCCUUCUGUUUCUUGGAGUUUACCUUUGAAAGCUAGACUGCUGCUGGGUGAAUGGAGUGGUGUUUAUCCCUCCUGACUUCUGCAACCUCAGGAGCCUGGUUUUGUAGGGUAUGCCUAAAGAGCCCAAGCAAUCUUAAUCUACCUUGCUUUUCUUUAUUAUUUUUAGGUGUCUCCUGGUCUUGCUGUCUAGCCUUCUUUGCAGAAGUGGAGCAAUAGGGUUCCCUAUGAUCAGUACUUAACUAUUGCUGGUUCAGUGGCAACUGCUGUUAGACUUCAGUACUUCUGUUCUCCAGGUGUUGCCACUAUAAGAUGUAGGCCAGCCUGGUGUGGUCUGGACUGGCCAAACAGCAAGACCUACCAUGUGCUUCUUCCCCUGUGGUCAAGCACCCAGCCCUAAAAUUGCUCUGCUGUGGGCUUUCAGGUUUUAUUUCCCAUCUUAAUUUUAGAAAAGAACUUCAUGCCUUUUGUUUCCCUUUGCUCUCAUCUCACUGAGCUUCAUCUCUCUGGUUUUCUGAACUCCUCACACCUUGCUGUUUAUUUUCUAGCAUGUGAGGGGUGUGUAAGAUUAACGUUGAUUGUGACUGAUGGUACCAUAUGUGAGAAACACCAGGAAGGAUCCCAGCUCAUGCUGGGAAACCAGUGGGUUUUGCUAUGACAGCAGUGCCUCCUGAAUUAAGUGUUCUGUAGGCUGGUCCAAAGCAGAGCAAAGAUGAUGGUCAGGCAGCUGCAGUCAUAUGCCAGCAACAUGGAGACAAGGGCUUUUAUCUUUGUUGUGCCCCAGGUGCUCUCAGCUUUCCAAUGGGAGUGAUUCAAAGUACUGGUUUUGAGCUGCACAACUGGCUGCUCCUUCUUGCCUGUACCCAGGCACUAAAAUUAGUCCAUGGUUGGUUUCUCAAAGCAUUACUGCAAAUACAUCAGUAUGAAAGAAGCUGCAGAAAAAUACAUACCAGUCUCUCAAAGUGCUGCAGAGCUGAUGGUUGUAGAGAGGCCGUUCUGGAGAAGGCUCAUGGUAAGAAAAUGAGUUUUUAAUCUGAUGAUAAAAUGCAGUACAGCAGUCCUCUGUCACUGUUCGAAGAACACAGCUGAUGCACAGAAUGUACAUGGUAAACUGCUUAAAGAUGGUUAAAUUUGCUGAGAUGAAGGGAGGUAAAACUGAUACAAAGUUGUCUGUCUUGCACCUGUCUUGUUUACCUUCUUGCACUUCUAACCAUUAACUGUUUCCCUAAUCUCUGCUAAUUACAUCCUUAAUUACAUUAAUAUUAUGCAUUCUCAAAUCUUAGCAGGAGAGCCUAAAUUUUAGUGUUAAGCAGUGUUUUGAAGAGCCACCAUUUAGUUCUAGGCAAUCAGAGUACACUUUUUCCAGACCCAAGGCUAACCUUAUGCUGUAUUUCAGGGGUAAAGUACAGUAGUAGUUAUACUGUACUCUACCCUUUGCCUACGCAUUAAUCUGUGUAGUUUAAUGACUUCUUCAGAGCUUUCCUACUGCUUCCCAGAAUAAGCUGCAUAACUUGAAAAAGGGACAUUGUUAGGUCACUUCAGGGCCAAAUUUGCACUAUAAUGCCUUGAUCAGAAGAACACCAAGUUUUUUUUUAAAAGGGGAAAAAAAUAGCUCAAACUGGGUACUAUGAGAAGCUGAAAGAAAGACAGAUGAGUCUCCCGUUACUUUUUACUAUUACCACUAGUCAGGCAAAGAAAUGCAAAAACUAUCCAAACAUACCUCAAUUCUUUUUCAUUUAUGGUCUUCUGGAGGAGGUGCUGACUUUGAUGAAGGGAGCUCUGCUAAAAUCGGAAGAGCUGAGACAUAAUCCAGAGUGUCCUGGGCUUUAAGAACAAAGUAACCUGAGAGUGUCCCUUUAAUGACAGAGCAGUCCUUAUCAGACUUAACAUUCUUUCUUCUGUCACUGUUGAUCUUAGUCUUGCUUUUAUAAUGAUACUUUGCAUUCAUCCUUUUAUUAACUGUUUCCUUUUCUUUCUUUCCUUUUCAGCAAUACUGGAGUAAUCGCUUCUUAAACAAUUUUGCAGAAAUGUAAGGUUGUUUUGUUGCGUGCAUGUGUUUUUAGCAACACAUCUUCCAAAACUUCUGCAUGUAUCAUGUGUAAAGAUUCUUUGCUUUCCCUAAAAACAAAACUCAUUGUGUUCUCUGUGGAAGAAAUGUGUGGUACCAUUAGGACUUCAGAUGUACAAAUGUGCAAUAUAGUUACAGAAUUGGAAACUCUCUGCAGAGAAGUUUGGGUUCUGUGCAGCAUGGAGAAGAGUUUGUUUAUCUUUGAACAAGAAUCGCCGAGCUGUCAGCCAAUUUUCCAUAUUCCUGUAUGUAAAAUGUCAGUUUAUAAAAUGUACAAUAUCAAAACUGCAUGCCUUCGGUUGUAGACAAAUCUCUGUAUUGUAUCAUCCAAACAUACUACUUAUAACAGCUUAUGUACAAUGCUAUCCUAUUUAUAAAACUCAUUGAAAAGAUUACAGAUGAAUGUUAAACUGUAAGCCUCCAGUUCAUACCUUUGGAUUUUUUUAUCAUGUGUGCAAAUCAACCUGUUUUGCACUGUAAUGUAACUUAUUUAAAUCUAAGGCAGUAAGACAGAUGUUGGUGCAAUACAAAAUAUUGUGAUGCAUUUAUUUAGAAAGCAGCAAAUGACUUAGCCAGUUACCACAACUGCAUGUAUGACCUUUAGAAGUUGUAAAUAAGAUCAGUUGUCUAUUUACAUGCUGACAGUAAGAAGCAUCACACCUAGUUUCAUUUGUAUCAGGUAAAUAAAUUUAUUCUACAAUACA